ACUCAAUUCAGAAUUCACGGAACACACACACGACAUGAAACCCAUCGCAAUGCAACCUCUCAUUCUGAUCACUCUCGGUUUGACCGCGUUCAGCAUCGUCGCUGGACGUGUCCUCGACCACAUCCACCUGGCACGAUGGUUUCCCGAGCGCAUUCCGACCAAUCAUUUCAGUAGAACCGGGUUCCUCUCCAUGAACAUCACCGGUCUUGAUGCGACCACUUUCCCCGCUAGCGAAAACCAGGCGCAGUAUACCUUUGAAGCCCAAUACUCGCCGAAGUACCCGCUACAAUUCUGCCACGCUGUUGUUCCCUCCACAAAUCACUCCCUCGUCACCACAGACUGGAUCAAUUGCUGCGCAAUCGACAACCAUGGCGGCUGCCUGAAGAAUCAACCUGUCGACAUUAAGUUCACUUGGCGCAGCAACGUAGAUGACACAGCGUGGCUCAAUCUCACCUGGACUAACGACGAGGAAGUCAAGCACGGCUCACUGCUGCUCAGCUACAAUGCCUGGCGUGUCGAUGGACAGGGUUACAGGUAUGAGAUCUACGAUGGGCCGAGGGACUUUCAGGUUGAGGGGAGGUAUAAGUGGUGGAAUGGUGUUGGAGGCAUGGGUUGGGAGCCAGCUGGUCUUUGGGAUGGGGAAUGA